AUGGUGGCCGCCAUUCCAUCCGCAAACAUCAAUGAUGCAGAGACCAGCAGCACGCCUCAUGUCGCGUUAAGCAGUUUAAGGGGACCUGGACCUCAAGGCGUGCAGGAUGGCAUAUCCAUCUUUCUCUCCAGCAACCGCGCUGCCACGAUGAGACUCGUCUGCCUCCUUCUCCCCCUCAGCCUGGGGCUACCAAUCACCAUUCCCGUCGAAGGCACGGAAGUAUACCAACUCCAACACCAAGAAUAUCACCGACAGCAACAGCAACAACAACUAACAAUCCUCGCACAAAACCACUCAGAGCAGGACCAACCUCAAACCCAACCUAGCUCCAGUUCCCACGGCUCAUUCAUCAACCUCAACCUCAACCUCCACAAGCUCAAGCUCAAGCCCAAUAACCACCACCAAAACACUACCAAUCAACCAACCGACAAAAUCCUCCAAGCAUACCUCCACACCCUACGCGCUUCCCACCUCUGCGCGCACAUCCUCUCGCAAUACGCUCCCGAGCUCCUCGCCCUCGCGCUCUUCUCCCUCCUCCCACUAACCCUCUGCAUCCUUGCCCUCGCAGAGCGCAUCGCCCGCUCCUGGACUGUCGAGGCGUAUCCCGAGCGCGGGCGCGACAGACGCCGGUUUCUGGGCCGGGAGAGGCGGUGUCUGAUGCAGGCGAGGAGGGAGAGGGAGAAGAGGGCUGUGCUGGAGAGGGGGUGGUGGAUUGCGGAGCGGAAGCGUUGA